AUGAUACAACAACAACUAUGCGAUUAUUUAAAAGGAGUUUGUUUAACUCGAGUUCAGUUCUGCAGUAGGCGCGGUCGUUGCCGCGUUUUCUUAAAAAAAAAAAAAAAAACAAGUAAAUUUUACGUGCAAAGUAUAGUUACUUGUGUCUGUGAUUAGAUUUUAAAUUUCGAAUUGGGUCCUGUGUUGUGCUUUUUUGUUUGGAGUGUAUCGUUCGAAAACUUUGAAAAGGGAACGAUAAUACAGCCAAAUUUAACUAGAGCAUGAACAUAGACCACAUAGAAUAACAUAAACAAGAUGGCGCCACAAGAGCGAACUUCUUGUUGCGAAGAGGAUUCCCGGCAAAACGCACCUAUAGACAACAAUCUGUCAAACAUAGACUUAAGCGGAAGUUUCGUGAACAAAGGAUACACAAAUGACCCGAGGGAUAGUUCAGCUAGUGUUGCCAGCACAAGGAAAGUCUCAGAUGAUGGAGAAAAGAGGAAGAAAGCUACAGACUUCGAUGAUUUGUUGCCAUAUGUGGGGGAGUUCGGGUUGUACCAGAAGAUUUUGUUUUUGCUGAUGAUACCGUUCGCGUUCUUCGUGGCGUUCGUGUACUUCUCGCAAAUCUUCAUGACGAUCGUGCCGGAGCAGCACUGGUGCUGGAUACCGGAGUUGGCGAAUUUGACUGUUGAAGAGAGACGAGCGCUGGCCAUACCACCGAAAUUAGAGGGACCCUUCGCCCACGACAGGUGCCAUAUGUACCAAGCUGACUACACCCUAGCUCUGGCUCAGGGUAGAAGUACACCUGACGACGAGUGGCCUAUCGUACCCUGCACCAGCGGCUGGGAGUACAAUAGGAGCGAUGUGCCAUAUGAAACUAUUGCCUCACAGUUAGACUGGGUGUGCGACAAGGACAACCUAGCAGCGACGGCACAGGCUAUCUUCUUCUGCGGUGCCAUCGUCGGUGGACUGGUCUUCGGCUGGAUAGCUGAUAAGUACGGCAGGAUACCUGCUUUAGUUGGAACAAACCUGGUAGGCUUUGCGGCGGGCAUAGCCACAGCAUUCUGCAACGCGUUCUGGUCGUUCGCCCUGUGCCGGUUCUUCGUGGGACUGGCGUUUGACAACUGCUUCACUAUGAUGUAUAUUUUGGUUCUAGAAUACGUGGGACCGAAAUGGCGUACAUUCGUAGCUAACAUGUCAAUAGCGAUAUUCUUCACUCUCGGCGCGAGUCUCUUGCCCUGGAUAGCGUUGUGGGCCGAUGAUUGGAGGACAUACGCUCUGGGUAUCAGCGCUCCCUUCAUCAUCGCUGCAGCCACGCCUUGGCUGGUUCCAGAAAGUGCCAGGUGGUUGGUAUCGCAAGGCAAGAUCGACAAAGCUAUGGUUAUAAUGAAGAAGUUCGAAAGGAUCAACAAGACUAAGAUCCCUGACAAAGUUAUUAAUGAAUUUACGGAGGCAUCCCAUAAAGCAAUCAAGGAAUCCGAAGCGGAAUCCAAAACGUAUUCGGUUCUGGACAUCUUCAAGACUCCCAGAUUGCGUCGCAACGCUUUACUCCUCAUCGUUAUUUGGAUGGCCAUUUCCCUGGUGUUCGAUGGCCAUGUAAGGAACGUGGGGUCUUUGGGCCUGGAUAUAUUCCUGACCUUCACUAUUGCCACAGCUACGGAGUUCCCUGCUGAUACGUUUUUGACUCUUGUGCUGGAUAGAUGGGGCAGGAGGUGGCUAGCAUGUGGAUCCAUGGUCAUCAGUGGUAUAUUCAGUUUGCUGGCAACGGUUGUUCCUAUCGGUGGUCCUUCCGCCUCACUAGCCAUUUGCGGUCGCUUUGCCGUCAACAUAUCCUACAACAUCGGCCUGCAAUAUGCAGCUGAACUCCUACCGACAGUGGUCCGAGCGCAAGGAGUCGCGCUGAUCCAUAUCAUGGGAUAUGUCGCGUCUAUUGUCGCUCCGUUCGUCGUGUAUUUGGGCAACAUAUCCCAAGACCUGCCACUCCUUAUCCUGGGCAUACUGGGUAUCGCGGGUGGCGUGCUGUGUCUACUGCUACCCGAGACCAUGGACAUGGAGAUGCCGCAGACCCUCGCUGAUGGAGAGAACUUCGGCAAGGACCAGAGGUUCUGGGACAACCCCUGCUUCCCCAGAAAAAAGCAAGAGACAAGUACCGAGGAGAAAUACAACAGUCGACCGUCGGUAUCAAAUCAAGAGGACCACUUCGUAAGAUCCUUGCCAGCGUCUGGGUCCAGGGCCUCCGUCAGAGCUUCCAUCAGACUAUCAUCCAGAUCACAGAGAAGGAACCACGAAAACAGUGGGGUUUGAUACCAAAACACAGAGUUUUAAUGAAAAUUGGCUCUGGCAAAGAAACUAAGCUUGGCCUAUUGUUAUUGCCAAAAUUGUGAUACAUUGCGAUCAUUGCAACCGUUGUUAUUUACAAGUAUUCGGUAAACUUUGUAGGCUAUAGUAAAACAGGUAUUAAACUUUUUCUGGCGAAUAAGUUACCAAUGCUUUCUUUUUACUAAGUUUGCCUAUACCUACUUCGAUCGCAAAUUGCAAAGUUACUGUG